CCGAACUGGGCGUCAGGUCGGGGAGCCGGUCGGGUUCCCGCUCGCCGCCGCCGCUGUCGCCGCUACCGCCCCCCGCAGCGACUCUCCCUCACCUCCCGCCGCGCCGGCCGCGGCAGCAGCAUCGCCGACACCGCUCGGCCGUGGAACCUCCGGACCCGAAGCACAGAGCCGGGACGCGACACGCCGAGAUCCCCAUCACCUCCAGCCGGGGCGACCCCUCCCGGGUCCGCCCUCGCCCUGCGCGGCCGCCGGAGCCCCCAGGCCCCGUGUGGCCCCGCGGCCUGGCCUCCGCAUCCCGGCCCCUGCACCCCCGCAACCGCCGCCCCCCACCCUGAACAUGGACUCCGACUCCUGCGCCGCCACCUUCCACCCGGAGGAGUACUCCCCCAGCUACAAGAGGCGCCGGACCGUGGAGGAUUUCAACAAAUUCUGCACCUUUGUCUUGGCGUAUGCUGGCUACAUCCCUUACCCGAAGGAGGAAGUCCCUUUGAGGAGCAGCCCCAGCCCUGCCAACAGCUCUGCCGGGACCGUCGACAGCGACAGCUGGGACACCGGCUUCGCUGACAUCCCCUCCUCGGGGUCCUUGCCCGUCUCUGACCGCUGCUUUAGCCACCUGCAGCCCACCCUCUUGCAGCGAGCCAAGCCCAGCAACUUCCUACUGGACCGAAAGAAAACGGACAAGCUAAAGAAGAAGAAGAAGAGGAAGCGAAGGGACGGCGACGUGCCCGCGAAGGAGGGGUACAUGGGGAGCUUGCUGGAGCUGGAAGCCGCUGACCCGUAUGGAGAGACCCCCACCAGCCCCACCCUGCAGGAUAUCCCCCCGGCUCCCAGCGACCCCUGCUCGGGCUGGGACUCCGACACUCCCUCGAGUGGCUCUUGUGCCACGGUGUCACCCGAUCAGGCCAAAGAAAUAAAAACUGAAGGCAAACGGACUAUCAUCCGGCAGGGGAAGCAGGUGGUGUUCCGAGAUGAGGACAGCACCGGCAAUGACGAGGACAUCAUGGUGGACUCAGAUGACGAUUCCUGGGACCUUGUCACCUGCUUCUGCAUGAAGCCGUUUGCCGGCCGCCCCAUGAUCGAGUGUAACGAGUGCCACACCUGGAUUCACCUGUCCUGUGCAAAAAUCCGGAAAUCCAACGUUCCAGAAGUGUUUGUCUGCCAAAAGUGCCGGGACUCCAAGUUUGACAUCCGCCGUUCCAACCGUUCCCGAAUGGGCUCCCGGAAGCUGUUCCUGGACUGACGGCUGGAGAGUGAGGAACCGGGAGAGGAAUUGCAGGGACGGUGGGCUCUCUGGCCCCUUUUAUAGUUGAGCACAGAACUCCGAGCUCUGGGGCGGGCAGACCUCUGCCAUCCAGGUGCCUAAGCAAAGGACAGGUUGCCCGAGGUAUAAACUGUACAUAGCCAGUGACCGAAUAAAAUCUUCGUUGGCCAAAGCUGCUGCUAGAGCCGUGUUCUCUGCAGUAGAGGUGGACUGAAAACCCAAGCUCGGCGGGGUUGGGUUCAGCCGGGAAUGAGGGUACAUGGUAGUUGUAACUUUUUUUAUAUCAUUGUUAACAAAUUCCCGCCGAUUGGAGCAAGUGCUAGCUGUUAUUCCCUGCGCCUGCUGUCCGUGGGGAGAGGGCCCGCUCUUCGCUCUCUGCUUUCCCCAGCGUGAACGUGUAUGAACAGCUGUCCGUGUAAGCGUUUCUCCUUGAGUGUGAGUCUUUCACCUGAGUGGCCAGCAGCCACCCAAGUCCCCUUCCCCGGUGUCCUCUGUGGAGCUCUGGGGUGGUGGGCUAGCUUUUGAUUCCUAGGCUUCUCCUGUUUGUUACAAGGGACAGUGUGGGGCCACUUCUCUGUGGAAAGGGGGCCAGGGUUGAGGUGGCCGUGUUCCUAACACGAUUUCCUGUUUUGCACGAUGUAGAAAACCUGUCUUUUUGCACGAUACAGCCAAAAGUAUUGGCAGAUUUCUUGCUGGGUACCGUUUCUCUGCAGGUCAUGUCUGAGGUAGUGGUAGGCCCAGGCAAGCGGUCUUCAAGGGUGGGAGCACUUUGGUGCCCCCUCCUCUCGCCCCCUCACCUUAUCCCAGUAGCGACAGAAAGGUCGGGCUGUCAUCGGGAUUGGAAAGUGUUCCCCUCCAUGAUGGAGUUAGGGAAAUGGGGAGGGGUCACCGCCGGUGUGCCCUUCACCCAGGCUGGCCUGCUGGUUGCAUGGGGCAAGGCGGCUACUUGGAUCCUUUGUGUCUGCUUUGAAGUGGCAAGUGGGUGCUGCCGCCACUUUGGCCAUCGGGCAUGUGCCAUUAACCUGUGCGGGGGCCUUAGGCCCAAACUAGGAUCCCAGACUGGGAAGGCCCCAGUGGGGCUCAGCUUGAGGGCAGGGCACCCUGGAACACUGGCGGUUCUGGGGUUCUGCGAGAGGAGGGCUGAAGUGGCAUCACUCAGCAGUUCAAAUCCUCCUUCUCCAAAAAUGUCUUUUGUAAGCGGAUGGGUAUGUUUUCAUAAGGACUCUGGUAAGGCCUGCCGGGGAAGCAGGUCCAGCCCUGCUGUAUUUAUUGCACAGGAAGUUCCCGCAGCCCCCUGCAGUGCCUCGGACCAGGGGCCACGCUGUCCCCCCCACGCCCUCUCCCCGAAGCACCACGCUGAUGUCACUGUAAUUCAGCUCACCAGAGCCCGUUUCUCGUCCUAGUAUCUUUCAUGUUCGUUCAGCCAACUGUUGUCUUUUUAAAAAAUUCUGUUGUUUCUGUUUACACAAGAGUAGAGAGAAAUAGUUUCUGAAUCCCAGUUUCUUGUGAAGAUCCCCAAGGGGAACGUUGUGCUGUAGAGAAAAGUAGUAAAAAGCUGGUUUGGAAACAGCCUUCUCCCCAGAUGACUGGCUGGCCCUGACUAGGGCAAACAUCCCGGGAAAGUUGGAGAGAAAUUUGCCAAAGAUCUGCCCCGUGAUGUUGCCCAGUCCAUUGUUUUCACCAUGAGAAGAACCAAAGUUCCAAAAUGGUUUUCAUCUUUUUUUUUUUUUUUUAAACUCCAAGUGUUACAAGUGCAUUUUUAAGAAUCCACGUGUUUUUAGAGCAGAACUGCCCACAGGGGCCAUUGUUCUGGAAGGUUCCUUGCUUGGGGGUUCCUUGCUUGAGGACGCCCGGGUCGGAGACAUUAGGUAUUCAUCUCGAUUUUUGUUUCCUUGAUUUCCUUUUUGUUCUUUUAACAGCUCUAUCCCUGCGGGUGUCAGGACACCUUUGUUUUUGUGUGUGUGACACGGAGCUGGGCAGCUGCAAUCAGCUUCUUUAUGCAAAUUAGGUAUGGCCCGGCUAGGGGCCCCUGGUUGGUGGCCAGUGAAGUGAGGGGAAGGAGAGAUGUCACCCCAAAAGCAGGCCCCUCCCAUUGGCUUUGGCCAGGCCAGACACUUAACAUCGUUUACAUGGUUCUGUGUAAUUAUAACGUUUAUGUGUAUAAAGCGAAGCUGUUUCUGUGAAACUGUAUAUUUUGUAAAUAAAUAUAUUGCUACUUUGA